CUCUCUCUACGCCAUUCUAUAUAAUGUGGGAGCCACCAUCUCCUCCUUCGAGUGCUUCCCGGGAUCUUCGUCGCCGUAGAAAGGGCGACCCCUCUCCCGGCCGCCCCAGACAUCGGUCGCCGCCGCCUUCCUCCUCUCCUCCCUCGCGCUCGGCACUCCAGAACAUUGGGAGUUUCUGUUACCUUUUCCAGAACAAUCUUUUUGAAGACAAGAAUUAUUUUUGUGAGAUGGCAAGAAGAAUCACGAAUUACCACAGAACAUCUCGUAGGUUUAGGUCAACUCCAUAUCCAUUGCCUUCAUAUCACCGACCUAUUCCAGAAAGAGAAGAAAAUUUGAAGAAAGCAGCAUCCUUCACUUUGGAAAAAAAGGAUUGGAAGGGUGCGACCUGCCCGGUGUGCAUGGAAUUCCCACACAAUGCUGUCCUCCUCCUUUGCUCAUCUCAUGACAAGGGCUGCCGCCCCUACAUGUGUGCAACCAGCUACCGCUAUUCUAAUUGUCUUGAACAGUUCAAGAAGGCAAAUGCUAAAAUGACAUCAACAUUGGACAAUCAGAUCCACUAUUCGCCUGCAUGGAAGAAAUCUGAGGUAAGAGAGCUAGUGUGUCCCCUGUGCCGUGGCCAGGUGAAGGGAUGGACUGUGGUUGAACCAGCACGAGAAUAUCUCAACAAGAAGAGGAGAAGCUGCAUGCAAGACAACUGCUCAUUUAUUGGGAACUACAAGGAGCUCCGUAAACACGUGAGAACUGAUCACCCUUGUGCUAAGCCCCAUGCCGUGGAUCCUACUCUUGAACAGAAAUGGAGAAAUCUCGAGUACCAGACAGAACGGGCAGAUGUGAUCAGCACGAUAAGGUCUUCGAUGCCUAGGGCAGUUAUACUGGGGGACUAUGUGAUAGAAAUGGGUGAUAGUGACCCUGAUAGUGAUUAUGACAACGAGGAUGAUGAUAGUUUUUUUGACAAUGGAAAUGUGAUCUUUGGCAGGAGGAAUCAUCGGAGUUUCUUUAAUGCUCUCCUCCGAGAGUCGACUCGACAUCGGAGGCUUAGCAGGAACCAUGUAUCUGAGGUUGGGGAAGGCAGCAGCGGCUAUCUUCCAACCAUUGUUGAUCAUGCUUCUCUUGAUGCAACUUUUAGUUAUCCGUUGGAGGAAUAUGAUGACGAGGAAAGUACCAUAAGUAUAAUCCAUCCCGAAAGGCAGCAUCAUCGUCGUAGGAGCCUUGGGAGAUCCGUACAUGGUGCUAGAUUAUUGUAGUAGCACAGGAUCAGAUUCAAGGAAAGAUAUUAUCCUUUAAGCAUAGCUAAUGCUUGAACUAUUAUUUUCCUCUUUUCUUCACACACAUGAUUGUCUGUUAUAGCAAACAUCAAAGCUUGUUCCUUGUGUCUGUUCCAAUGUAGUUAUUGAUGAUAAUGGCUAUGCUUGAUUCUUUUCUUUUUUUUUUUUCGUUCUGAAACAAACAUGGUGGAACAAAUCAAAGCUCGUCAUUUGGGGGUAACAAUCUGGUUUUAAUUGUAAUCUCAGCUUUAAGAAACAUUUGACAUAUUUUUUCUUGUCA